GCGUGAGACAGGGAGAGAGAGGGAGCAACUGAGAGAUUGAGGAAGAGAGAGAGAGAUGCUUCAGGGAGGGCAAACAAACCCUGCCAAAGUUAAAAAGCUCCAGAGCCAAUUCCUCUCAUUUACCAAUUAACAAGCUGACAGCGCACACUUACUUAACCGACGUGGAUUUCGGAUUCUAUUUUUCUGCUUCGGAAGAGAAAACAUAGGAGUAAUCAUGUUGCUGAACACUGUGUUCUCAUGCUUCGUCUUUUACAGUGUUCUCCUUGUAUUGAAGAUGUACAUCAUUGCCAUCAUAACUGGACAAAUGAGGCUGCGCAAAAAGGCAUUCGCGAACCCGGAGGACUCACUGAGGCACGGAGGCUUAGAUCAUUUCAGAAAGGACCCUGACGUAGAGCGGUGCAGAAGGGCUCACCGUAACGACAUGGAGAACAUCCUCCCUUUCCUGUUCCUGGGUGCUGUCUACUCUCUAAUUAGCCCAUCUCUGUCUGUGGCGCGCUGUCACUUCCUAGUUUUCUUUGUAAGUCGUCUUGUUCACAGUAUGGCAUACCUGUGCGCCCUGCCAGCGCCCACACGUUCCCUGGCCUAUGUUGUUGCCCAGGUGCCUUGCGUGUCAAUGGCAGUGCAGGUCCUCAUGGUGGUGGCCUCAUACGCAUGACUGUAGUGCUUCAAUGCCACACUCUUAAAAGGGUGGCUAGUAGGUUGUUAAAGUUAAUUUGUAAGAUCGGAUGCACAGGAACUACCAUACAUAGAAUAUGUAAUUUGUCAUUGUGUACCCUAGGAGCUACACUGGUGUGAUGUUCUGUCCAAGUUAACGACCAACGUAAUGUGUGACUCGUCGUAGAGGUCAUUUUGCCUGCAUACAGGCAUCCAGUAUCUCCCAUGAAGGAGACCCUAAACACAGUACAUACAGAAGGGAAAAUAGAAGACUGCUGCUUUUUUAGCUGUCUAUUCUAUCUUCCUUUUUGUUACUGUCAAAAUUGUGUUCUUGCUUUGUUGAAUACUGUUUGACCACACUGUGUUUGUUGCUGGCUUAUACUGCCUACGAAUCCAUGUCCAAGUCUUAAACACUCACUAUCAGCAGGCAAUGCUAUAUUUUAAAAGAAGAUUGUAGUUUUUGAAUGUAUUUUAAAGGCACAAAAUGAAGGUUAUUUAAUUACUCUUUUAUCCUUUAUUAUGGAUGGUUUAAAACUUGAGAACUCCAAUGUGGGAUGUUGUCCUACGUCUCAGCUCACAAGGGUUGUCCUACAACAUGACCCAAAGAGCAGAGAGGUGAUAACUGACAGCUCAGAGCCAUAUUUCCCUUUCAUGAGUUUGUGUAUUUACAAAGCAACGGCCACCAUGUUGGCAACUGAUCUUGCAAUAUGGGACUUCAUUCUUACUAGAAUAUGAAGGCUGUCACUGCUCCUUUACACUUGGUUGCCCCAGACUGUGGAAAAUAAACUAUUUGUAAGUCGCCUUCAUUAACCCUUAAGUCAGGGGCAGGCAACACUAAUGCUUCUAUUAGUAUAUCUGUAACAUAUGUAACAUUUGUGAAUUCUGAAGACAUAAAUUCAAAUUCAUAUUUAUGCUAAGUUAUUUUGGACUGUGCUUUGUUAUUGAAUGUUUCUCUUGUUAAAUGAAGAAACCAAUGUUUUUGGCAGUGAGCUGAGAUUUACACAUCAAUGAGGAGCCAAGUUUUCAUAGACAAGUUAAAACAGUUUACUUGAAUUGAAUCUGCUCUGUUUCACUCUCUUGGAUAAUCCUUUAAGAACUAUAAUGGUUGCUUUACUCAAAUGAGAUGUAGCUCUGCCACUAAAGCAGUAUUUUAUUAUAUGUAUAUUUAUUUAAAUAAAUGCAUUUUCCAAAAGUACA